AUGAGUUAAAGAUCAAAUAUUUUACAAAAUUUUGAUAUCUUCGGAUCUCCAUUCUAUCAAAAAGUGAAUUAAGAUGACUAUAAAAAGAAAACAACAUUAGGAGGAUUUUUUUCUAUUAUGUUAAUUUUAUUUACUAUUUCUUAUUUACUUUACUUGAUUAUUUAAGUCAACUCCGGAUAAAUCCCUCCUAAUUUUAUUUAAUAUGAUGAAAAUAUGAUUGAUGGUACAAAAUAUGGAAUUUUGUCAAAUAAUAUUAAAUUGUAUAUGAGCCAAUAAAUACCUAAAAUUGAGUAAGAAAGAAAAAUAUAAUAUUUUGAUAUUUCACUAUAAUAUGUAGAUAUAUAAAGUGGAUAAAACAUUACACUAAACUCAUACUAUAUUAACGAUAAUGCCUUUACGUUUGGAGAAUCUGAUCCCAUAAAUCUUGAACUUAAAAGUAACUCUACUAUGUUUUUAUUUGGAAGUAGUAUAACUAUUAAUAUUUCGAAAUGCUCAGGAAAUCUACUAAGAUAUCAAAAUUUUAGAUGCGCUACAUAAGAUGAAAUAAAUGAAUUUUUAUCUGACUCUAUAGAUGGCUUAGAUAACUAAGUUAGAGUUAUUUAGAUGGAAUAUACUAAAAUACCUUAAAUUUGGGCUCAAGUGUGGGCUAUAGCAUCUCUGUUAUACCUAUCUAGACAUAUAUUCUAGCCUAUUUCCUUAACAUCUCUCGCAUAGGAUUUUUUAAGUAUAUAACUCAAAUAUUAUUACAAAAAAACAGCAAUAAGAUUAACUUAAGAAAAUGGUAUACCAAAAUAAAAUGAAUCUUACUAAGAUGUUCACUAAUAAGCUGAAUUUAUUGCAAAAUAAAAUGAAGACAUUUAAAGCAAUAAAAAUUAUUUCGAAAUCUCUCGAUACUAAAGAUGGAAGACAUUUUUGUUACCUAAAAUUUUUUUGAAAAAGAAGAAAGUAAAUAAUCAAAAUUAGGAGAUUUUAAAUCUUUUGAGAAAAUAAACAAACAAAGAUUUAUGCUUCUUUGAGAUGCAAAAGGAAUUUUUAAGAUUGAAAACAGCAAUAAAAUUAUUAUUAACACCUGAGUAAUAUGCAGCAAUUCAUAUGUGUGGUUGCGAUUUAUUAGAUGGUGAAUCAAAAGUUGAUUUAGAGUAAAGCUAGAUUUCACCAAUGAAGGAUUCUUAAUUUAAUUAAAUCGAAGACAUAAUUGAAGAAAAUUCAAAUCUAAGCUCAUCUGAUAUUUAAACUCCUCUUAAUAGUUAUUAACUUGGUAAAAAUAUUAUUUAACCAAGUAGUGAAAAGGUUCAAAAUCAUUUAGAGUUAAUGGAAAAAGUGGAUAUUGAUUCUGAUUACAGAAAAAGCUGUUUAGAGAAGUUUUUAAGCGAAAAUUAAUAAAUAAAUUAAAGUGAAUAGGUAUUGCUCAAUCAAAGAAUACAUUACAUUUUAUGUAUGGUAGGUAUUUUUAUUGAUUUGAAGAUUAUUGAUGAUUAAAAAAUCCAAAACUUUGCUUAAUUUUAUAAUAAUUAAUUUAAAAAAAGAUUAGAUAUUGCAAUUAUGAGUUAAAGAUCAAAUAUUUUACAAAAUUUUGAUAUCUUUGGAUCUCCAUUCUAUCAAAAAGUGAAUUAAGAUGACUAUAAAAAGAAAACAAUGUUAGGAGGAUUUUUUUCUAUUAUGUUAAUUUUAUUUACUAUUUCUUAUUUACUUUACUUGAUUAUUUAAGUCAACUCCGGAUAAAUCCCUCCUAGUUUUAUUUAAUAUGAUGAAAAUGCAAUUGAUGGUACAAAAUAUGGAAUUUAGUCAAAUAAUAUUUUAUUGUUUAUGAGUGAAUAAAUAUCUAAAAUUGAGUAAGAAAGAAAAAUAUAAUAUUUUGAUAUUACAUUAAAAUAUGUAGAUAUGUAAAGUGGAUAAAACAUUACACUAAACUCAUACUAUACUAAUGAUUACAAUGAUUAGGCCUUAAUGUUUGGAGAAUCUGAUCCCAUAAAUCUUGAACUUAAAAGUAACUCUACUAUGCUUUUAUUAGGAAGUAGUAUAACUAUUAAUAUUUAGAAAUGCUCAGGAAAUCUACUAAGAUAUCAAAAUUUUAGAUGCGCUACAUAAGAUGAAAUAAAUGAAUUUAUAUCUGACUCUAUAGAUGGCUUAGCACGUUUACAAGAAGUUAAUAUUUAAAAAGGAUUACUUUUUCAAUCAAACUAGUAGCAUAGGCAAAUAUAUUAAUUGGAAUAAUAGAAUUUUAUUUCUAAUAAUGGUAAAUAUGCUAUGGAUACUUAUGCAGAAUUUGCUAUUUAUUUAGAUAACUAAGUUAGAGUUAUUUAGAUGGAAUAUACUAAAAUACCUUAAAUUUGGGCUCAAGUGUGGGCUAUAGCAUCUCUGUUAUACCUAUCUAGACAUAUAUUCUAGCCUAUUGCCUUAACAUCUCUCGCAUAGGAUUUUUUAAGUAUAUAACUCAAAUAUUAUUACAAAAAAACAGCAAUAAGAUUAACUUAAGAAAAUGGUAUGCCAAAAUAAAAUGAAUCUUAUCAAGAUGUUCACUAAUAAGCUGAAUUUAUUGCAAAAUAAAAUGAAGACAUUUAAAGCAAUAAAAAUUAUUUCGAAAUCUCUCGAUACUAAAGAUGGAAGACAUUUUUGUUACCUAAAAUUUUUUUGAAAAAGAAGAAAGUAAAUAAUCAAAAUUAGGAGAUUUUAAAUCUUUUGAGAAAAUAAACAAACAAAGAUUUAUGCUUCUUUGAGAUGCAAAAGGAAUUUUUAAGAUUGAAAACAGCAAUAAAAUUAUUAUUAACACCUGAGUAAUAUGCAGCAAUUCAUAUGUGUGGUUGUGAUUUAUUAGAUGGUGAAUCAAAAGUUGAUUUAGAGUAAAGCUAGAUUUCACCAAUGAAGGAUUCUUAAUUUAAUUAAAUCGAAGACAUAAUUGAAGAAAAUUCAAAUCUAAGCUCAUCUGAUAUUUAAACUCCUCUUAAUAGUUAUUAAAUUGAUAAAAAUAUUAUUUAACCAAGUAGUGAAAAGGUUCAAAAUCAUUUAGAGUUAAUGGAAAAAGUGGAUAUAGAUUCUGAUUACAGAAAAAGCUGUUUAGAGAAGUUUUUAAGCGAAAAUUAAUAAAUAAAUUAAAGUGAAUAGGUAUUGCUCAAUCAAAGAAUACGUAAUUGUAUAGUAGGUAUUUAAAGUGAUGAUUUAAAUACCAUAAAUUAGGUAAAUUAAGAUUAAUAUACAUAUAUUGAAUAUAAUAGCAUAUCUAAUAAUUAAUAAAGUAUUGUUGUUGCUUCAUGA